AUGACUGACGAUAUCCCCAUGGACUUUCUUUCCGAGAGCAGCUCGGGAAGCCCCAGUAUCUCGGCGGUUUCGUGCUCGACGGCCCCAACUAGCCCGAGCUCCAGCCCGCUGUUUCGACCAUCUGAAGCAGAUGAUCUCAAGCUUGCCCAGGUCCUUAGCGAUCUGAGGAGUGAGCCUGUACAGAAUGUAUGUGUCGUGGGCGCGGGAUAUGUCGGCAGGUUGACGCAGAUGCUUGGGAUAGGAGGUCCUACGGCAGCAGUGUUGGCCCUGCAUCACCCCAAUAUCACUGUGGAGGUGCUGGACAGGGACCCCAAGCGCAUUCAGAGAUGGAAAUCACCCCAUCUGCCAGUGCAUGAACCCGGGUUGGAUACCGUCGUACGAAUCGUCCGCGAUGGGGCCGAGGCCAAGGACGUCUUGAAGCACUCUCAUUCACCUGUCCCGACUAGACGCCGGCAGAAUUUGUUCUUCACCUGCGACACAGCUCGGGCAGUGUCUCGUGCAGAUAUUGUCAUGAUGGCUGUCAACACACCAACCAAGAUGUUCGGAGUCGGGGCUGGUUGCGCGACCAAUAUGGCGGCCUUUGAUGGGGCAAUGAGAGAAGUAGCAGUCCAUGCUAAGCCAGGCGCCAUCAUUGUGGAGAAGAGUACGGUGCCCGGAGGCACUGCGGAGCGUGUGCGAAAAACGUUAGCUACCCUGCGGCCAGGAGCACCGUUCGAGGUACUAUCCAACCCCGAGUUCCUCGCGGAGGGCUCCGCCGUCGAGAACCUAACGGUACCGGAUCGAGUGUUGAUCGGAUGUGCCCAAACUCCCUCCGGCCACCAGGCAGCUCAGACGCUUGCCAAUCUGUACGCAGCCUGGGUACCUCCGUCUCGGAUCCUGGAAACCAAUGCCUGGUCAUCAGAACUGGCCAAGCUCGUCGCAAACGCGAUGCUUGCGCAGCGGAUCAGCAGCAUCAAUUCCAUCAGUGCCAUCUGCGAGAAGACCGGGGCAGAUGUAAACGAAAUUGCCAGAGCUAUCGGAUUCGAUGCGCGAAUUGGACCUCACUUCCUGAAAGCCGGCCUCGGCUGGGGCGGGUCCUGCUUUCGCAAGGACAUUGCGAGUGUUUGCUGGAUUGCUGAAUCGCUGGGUUUAGACGAUGUUGCGCAUUACUGGCAACAGGUCAUCGUCAUGAACGAGCGGCAACGACAACGAUUUGCUCGGAAAGUGAUCGAUCGAUUUGAGGGAAAUCUGGUCGGCCGUAAGUUGGCAAUUCUGGGGUUUGCAUUCAAGAAGAACACGGGCGACACGCGCGAAUCAUUGGCCGUCGAUGUGAUCCGCUUGCUGCUGGAAGAGCGCCCGGCGGAAAUUGCCAUUUUCGACCCAUACUGCCGCCGAGAGGAUAUUCUCUGCGAACUUGAAGCGGCAUGUCCCGGGGUCACGCAUGCUGUGACGAUCCACCCCGACUCGUAUCUGGCCUGCUCCCAGGCGCAUGCCGUGCUGGUGGUGACCGACUGUGACCAGUUCCGCAAUACUCCUAAGCGAUCGCCUGAAGGAAACUCGAACCAGGCAUCCGCGGUCAAUUCCGAUGCCUCUCACCGUGCCAAUAAUAAGCGACCCUGCACACGAGCAGCAGACGAGACCUGGACUCACGCUGGUGUGUCCUACCAACUGAUGCGCCAGGCCGAAUGCGAUGCUGAUUGUAACGACUGUCAAUCAAUCUCGAUCCGACCAGCUGGCGAGAGUAUCGAAUGGCCGCGCAUUGCGUAUAAUAUGGCCGAGCCGAAGUGGGUGUUUGACGGACGAAGUGUACUGGACGCGGCGGAGUUGGAGAAGCUCGGCGUGCGCGUGGCGGCGGUGGGGCGGGCCGAUUGGAAGCUUACUCCCCCUUAUACCUGGGGAUACUAA